GGGUGGACUGGAAUUAAAUUAACAUCCCUUCUCAAAGCAAAUACACAUGAAUCAAACAUCAGUCAGGUUUAAACUUACCUAUCAGUCAUGUACACAUUCCAAGCUCACUAUCACUAUACAUUAAACAUGUUAAAAUGCAAAUUUCUCAAUACUUACUGGUAUAUAAUACAGCAUGUAAAGGGUGUUUGAAAAAAUCUAGAAAACAAACAAAACAGACAAGACAAGCACUGCUUUUAUUCUUCAUUUUUUCCUUCUUUUAAUUUGUUUUCGGAAUUCGCCGUUACUUUACAACAAUAAAAUUCUUUCAAAUUGACGAUACAAGAGAUCAAGUACAAGUAACACAUCAGUGUACAUUACAUUAUCAAUGGUAUGUAAUACUUGUAAAUUUGUAAAUGGACAAAUCAUUAAAAAAAUUGUAACACAAUUAAGCAUUCCAUAAUUGGUGGUGUUUUCAAUAUUUGUCAGACUUACAUGUAUAAGCCUUCAAAUCAAGUACAUAACAAAUCACAUACAUGGCAUAAGAAUGAGAUUUUACACUAAUCUAUCUAUUAAAUCAUAAGACAGUGCAAGGAACAUUACAUGGCACUUUUAUUUGAUUUUAUAGGGAGGGGGGGGGGGGUCUGCACAUUCUAGUUAAAUGCCGGUAUUGUACUUUUAUAACAUCAUCAUUUUCAUAGAAUUUUCUUGAAUUGCUGACCGUUAUGACCCAAAAUAUUAAUUUAUAUAACUGAUUUUUUUUCUCUUGCUUUACUCACUUGCAUAUUUUCCACAAAGAGUGUAAUUUAUAGAAACAUAUUAAAGCCACAUAAAGAUCUUGACCUUGACUAGACUAAAAUCAAAGUUAUUCAGGGUGUAUCAAUAAAAAGGAAACUCUGCUUUCAUGAUUGUUUGUGAGAAAAAAACUAUCAAAUUAAUGAUUAUGAAUCCUAUAUCCCUGAAAAUAUAAUUAUCAUUCAGUUCCACCUGAAUUACGUUCUGAGACAUUCAUGAAUACCACUUUUCUAAAGAAUUACAAUGUAAUAUAAAAUAGUAGAGGGUUCACUAACUUUCAUUGAACAUUGAAUAAACAAGUCAUGAGUGUUCGUCUGGGAAGUGGGAACAUUGCUUUAAAAAUGUUACAUUAAAAACUUAUCAUGUGUUCAAAAUGAAACUGAUCGAACAAAAGGUUCUAGAAUUAGAACACAGAUCAUGAAUCCAAUAUGUACAUGUAGUGCACUUGUGUGUUCGAUUUCCUUUUGAUUUAUUAAUUGUUCAUUACAACAUAUGUGUUUAUAGCAUGUAAUUUACUACAAAUAGGACGCAUCUGAGAAUGAAUCAACAAUGGUACGCCAGGCUUCGCGAUCUGACAUGAGAGUUGGUAAAUCAUGUAACAAAUUAUUUGUAUCUCCACAUAUGUAAUCAAUACAAUUUAAAGGUCUCAGACUCUCCGUCCUCUCGUUUUAUGAGGGAAGCGCAACAAAAGUACAUCAGAAAUAACCGAACAUCAGAAAUUACAGUACAUAAUUUCGUACAAUAUUCAAACAAUAAUAAGAGAUGCUUUCAUAAGAUGUACUUUAAGAGAAGACUCCUUAACGACACUUAUGUGAUAUUUUUUUCUUAGGCAAAGGCAGGCGCCUGGAUUUCUUUUUUUUUUCCGGAUACAUCCAGCAGACACCCACAUAACAGAUUGAAUAUUUCAGAGGUAAAUUAGAGGUCAUUUCAAUAUUGUCACAAGUAACAUUGUUUUGAACAUGACUCAAAGGCCUCAUUAUGCACGGAGGACUGCACAUGAAUGCCUAGUUCAUACUGAUACACAAUGUGAUUUACAAUAUCUCAGGAAAGAGCACCACCUAUGCACCUGUACAAUUCAGACAAUAUGUCUAUAAGCAUUCCAUACCUACAUAAUCGGAAGUUAAUGGUCCAUGAUAAUCUUCACGCUCCAAAUCAUACAACAUGCACUUGCAGAACAUAACAAUGCUAUAAAUAUUCACUCAAGAGGGGGCAGCAUUUCACAAUCAACCCUGUGUAUCAUAGUCUCGUGUAUAUUUUCUGCUAUCCAAUGAUUUGUAGUCAGGUAGUUUCACCUAUUCCCCGAUGACCACAACUGCAAUAUGUAAUGCAAACUUAUUCCCCGAACUGGAGUGUGCACCAAACCCUUCAAGUUCACUUGUAUCGGGGAGUUUACUCCUGCUUGUAGUAAUGCAAAAUCACUCAUGAACAAUGCGUUCACUUUGCACCUUCAAUUUAGGAGCUUCUUCCAAAACUUGAUAUGUUCUUGCUCCCCAAGUGUUUUUUUUUUCACAGAGAUUUGACCUGUAGACUAUCUACAAUAGUGCUAAAAAUUUCAUGAACCCCACCAGAAAAUGAACAUAUUUCAAGUUUUCAAACUUUGCCAUGUUUUAGACAUUUAAUCGUGAAGUCAGGUGAUAAAAUAUUCCAUUCAAUAAAGUCUGGGCUCACUGAACAUUGUAGUGUUGUUGUCUACGUCAUAGAAUCCACGAUGGCGAAUAAGAAGUCGACGUCUUCGUCGGGUUCUGACAGCGAAAAUGACGUUUUACCACCAGCGAAUAUAUGCUUCAUGCACGUUAUACCCAAGGAGAGAGGGCCAGUAAAUUUCUUUCAAGUAAAGAGUUGGAACAAAUUCAAGGAUUGCUGCAUUCGUUGGUGUAGACUACCUGAGACUUUGGAAUAAAAAAUAGCUAUUCGUGCAGCAGAGAAGUUUGCAAUCGAGUUGCAGCCCGACCAGCAAGAUCAGGAUCAACCUAACGUUACAUCUCCUACUUUUUUUACAGAAGAAAUGCAAAAUCUUGCUGAAAAUGGGAUCCAGUGGAACAAUGGAGACAGAGUCAUUACAACAAAAGUAUUUUUGUCCCUUUGUGCACUAGAUAGUGUUGCCCGAUGUCAAAUAGCCAAUAUGAAACAAUAUAACAGUGAAUAUGCACUCACAGAAAUAUUGCCAAUGUUAAGUAAAAAAAUAGCAUGUAAGAAUAAAUUAUACACAAUCUAUGUAAGAUCUGGUAAAAAAUGUCUACUUUGCCAGUUUGUAAGCAUUUAAAAUACAUAUGUGAAUUGUAAAAAGGGUAUUUAACCUCGUUUGGGUAAAUAUUACAUAGUAAUGGAGUCCAAAAUACAUGAUGAUUGGGAAAAGUUUUUCCACAUCCGUGUUAUGCGAAAUGGCGAUUGUGAUUUAUUAUUUUUUUUUACACAAUGGUGUUUUGUUUUAUUGAUGAGCGAAAUACACGGCGAUUGUGAACUUAGAUUUUUUACAUAUCGUGUUUUGUUUUAUUGAUAUGCGAAAUACACGGCGAUUGUGUAUUUAGUUUUUCUACAUAAUUGUGUUUUGUUUUAUUGACACGUGCGCGCAGUGUAAAAUUCAGAAGUUCUUAAUUUUGAAGUACAAAAUACCGUACUCUGGCAACAUGGCGUACGUCGAAACGGUGCUGCGAGGAUGGGGGCUUGGGGAUUAUGUGGACAAAUUUGAAGAUUGAACAAGAUUUUGAAGUAGGCCUACUUCAAAAUGUGGCCAGCAGCAGGUUAUAUCAAAAUUGGAGUAAGACUGCAACCAAACUAAUUGAGUGGUGCCCAAGGAUUGCACCAUAUGCUUUGAAGGACUUACUUGCAGGAGAAGACGACCUUGAGGUAGAUGAACUAAAUACAGAGCAAAAGAACAAUCUAGCCUUUGGCUUGUUACCAGUACUAUUUCCAGGUAGAAGAAAGGGGAAAGGGGGCAGAUAUUCAACCCGGGAAGCACAACUAGGAUUCAUAGAUGUCCAAAAUGAAAACCUUGCACUAGACAAGUUCCUGGAAGAUAUUGUACCUGAAAGUCGACCUCAACCGUUCAUACUAGUCAUUGGGUCUCUCCUUAAACCAGUGCAAAUUUUCAUCAUUGUGGAAAGGCGGGCAUUGGAACAAAGUAGCUUAAUGAAAGCCGUAGAUACAUGCUAUAAAGCAGUGUAUGUCCUGGAUCUAGAAUACCAGCCUCAGUGUUGUGGUGCGUGGGAGUUCCUACAAACAUACAUUUAUGAGAUGAAAGGAGCUGUAAAAUGCAGUGCGAUCAGGGAGUUCAGAAUCUUCGAGACAGCCUAUGAGUCAAUAAUGAAUACCAACAUCUAACUGUCCUCAUGUGAGCUAGCAAGUUUAUUGCCUUUCCAGAUACUUUUGCUUAAGAGAAGUUCCUGUGUUGAUAAAUGUUUUGUUAAACUUUCUCUUUUUUUUGGAGGGGGGGGGGCGGUUAAUUGACAAAGUGAAUGUCAAACUGUAGACUGUUUAGUCGACUCGUUAUCUGAUAUCUGAAGCCAGUUUGCAGCCCGCAUUCAAUAACUAUACUUUGUUUCGCUUCAACUUCAGUAGUGAUGACACUGUUUUGUAGUGUACGCAAUGCUUUACGCACCUGCAAAGUUUCACAGUGAUCCUGGGCCGAGAUCUCGGGGGGGGGGGGGGCACUUGAUGCCCCCCCAAAAAAAUAACGUAGUCUUUUUAGGGUUAAGUCAGAAAGUUGUUUGUUGUAUGAAGUAAGGUCUUAAUUAUUAUAUUUUGUUAAGUUGUUUUCUUCAACUGCUUUUGUUUUUUAAUUGACAAAGUAAAUGUCAAACUGUAGACUGUUCAAACCUGACUUAGUAAAUGUCAACUUGUAGACUGUUUAACCCUUUUCCUUUGGGGGCAGCGGGGGGUCAAUUUGGCCCCCCUCCCUCAACAAUCUGCGUGAUAACUCCACAAUGCGCAUGGGGAGGGGUGGCACUUGAUGCCCCCCCCCAAAAAAAAAAGUUUUCACAGGGCCCAAAAUAACCUAGUCUUUUUAGGGUUAAGUCAGAAAGUUUUUAGUUGUAUGAAGUAUGGUCUUAAUUAUAAGUAAUUUUAUAUUUUGUUAAGUUGUUUUCUUCCAAUGAACUUUUGCUCUAAAGAAGUUCCUAUGUUGAGUGAUGUCAACAUUUUUUUAAACUGCUUUUGUUUUUUAAUUGACAAAGUAAAUGUCAAACUGUAGACUGUUCAAACCUGACUUAGUAAAUGUCAACUUGUAGACUGUUUAACCCUAUUCCAAUGGGGGCGGGUCAAUUUGGCCCCCUCCCUCAACGAUUCACGUGAUAACUCCACAAUGCGCAGUGAUCUCUGCAAGCAUAAUUGAAUUGAAGUAUGAUUAUGCUAAAAUUAAGUCAUUUCAGCCAUUUGAAUUUUAAAAGUGAAUUUUUAUAUUGAUUUAUUGAAACAUAGAAAUAUUGCAUUGAAUUUGUACCCAAAAUCAUGUUUUUUAGUCAUUUUUUGACUUGAUGAAAAGUUUUCAAAGGAUCGUGGCCUUAAAUCUGUAUGUGCAGUCACGAUAAAUUUGGUGUUGACACUGUUGAAAGUUGUGCGAUACUUGUUAAAAAAAAUUCAUGAAAGCUUGUGCCAAGACCACUAUGCAUUAUGGAGAUAUUGUGUGAAUCGUUGAGGGGGAGGGGGUCAUCAAAUAGACCCCCACCCCCCCCCCCCCCCCAGUUGGUUAAGGCCUGAUCUGGGUGGUGAACUUAUAAAGGCAGUUAAAUUGUAUGUAAACUAGAGUAGAAAUGCACCUGUAUGUGAUAUAAUUAUUCUGUGUAUAUUUCAAAACACUUCUCUCAUUUCCAUCAUCUAUAAUGAUUGUUUGUUUGCCCUAAUUAUCGUUAAUAAUUAAAUGACCUGAUAUUUUCAAUAGGUGUUUUAUACUUGACUCAUUAGCUUGUCACCAAAAAGAGAAUUCCAAAGUGUAGGGUGCCUGCAUUUUUCCAAUAGUUCGGAUGUAGAAGCAAUAACAUGCCAUAUAGCCAGGGGAGGCGCCAGGGUGUUUUGGUAGGAGGGGCGAACUUUCCAGGGGGGGGGGGGGGUGACAUCAUAAUAUUUUUUGAAAAUUGAACAACAGGGGUAAAAUCAGGGUAAAAUGGCUUAUACAUGAUUAAAAACGCUAUUUUUACAAUUAUCUACCCUUCACCCUUUCUUUUUCUUCCUCUUUUUCUUCUUUUCUCUUAAUUUUUUUUCUUUUUUUUUCCUACUCAAAAUAUUGCAACCGCAUCUUUCAGCAAUUUACAUGGGAGGCCUACUAGUUUUUCAAAACAUGACUUAAAGUACAUAUAUAAUUUUUUUCCACCAUUUUAUAUUCCUUGUUGUUGUUUUUAUAGAAUCAUCCUAAUUAUUUGUAAAUAUUGUAAUUAAUAGUUAUUUUUUCUAAUCCCUUAUAAUUAUUUGUAUAAA